AUGGGCGACAGGAAGGUGAAGCAGUCAAUGGUAUGGCGGUCGAUCGGCCAAAAUGUCCCCGUAUUUCAGAAGGUUCAUGAGGACACAUGGUCAAACCAACAAGUUCACACAAACUUCCCACAGAACGCCGUCCGCGUGGUCGGGCAACCGAACUCUUAUGUUGCGCUGUGGUAUCGUAAUGGAAAGCCGGUUAUGGGAAAAGCCUGGAACGACUCCGGUGUCGUGCAGGUAAGUCAUGCUAAGAAGCACUCAAAACCAGAUCUGAGCAAAAAGAUUCCACUGGCCAGUACGUAUCAAAUCAUUUCCUUCAAUUCUCCGUGUGCCUUUGCGGCAGACCACAAGGCAUUCAUCGGAGCAGAAGUGAGCGGCAAAACCAUUCAGCUCCUCAUCUACAAAGGAACUCAUGUCCAAAAUCAGUUUUAUUACGACUGGAUCACGUUGUCUGCAUGGAAGUCAAGCAACAAUGAAAUGAGUACCAGACAGUUGGUUCGAUGCGGCUCUGCGGCUCCAAUCUUUUGGAAGGAGAAGAGUUUGCUCGGCAAUUACGAUAUAGACGCACAGAAGGCUUCCUUCGUAGAAACUGACAAGUUUUGCGAG